CACGGGGACGAGGUGAAACCGAGUAUCGCUGGUUUCUUCGACUUGAUAUACGUUACAAAUGGGCAGCAGAGUACCAAUCAACAAUAAUGGCCGCCAGGUUGCUCAACAGAGUUCGGCAGCAUCUGCCAAGAGUCAGCAAAUUGUCCUGUCGGGCGGACUUGAAGAAUACCCCACCAUCAUGUCAUCAGUUAAGAAACAUAAUCACCCCUCUCGCACGGAGGUUAACCACAGUGGCCGAUCCAAGCCAAAGCUAUGCAGCUGCCAGCGGUCACCAGGCAGGCCGACUACCAGCGACGCAGUUAUCGGAGGAGGAACAGUUGAUGAAGGAUAUGGUAGCCAAAUUUGCUAAGGAGCAAAUUGGUCCGUUGGUGCGGGAGAUGGAUGACAGAGGAGAGACAGACAUGGGAAUUAUUCAGGCGAUGUUCGACAACGGGCUAAUGGGAACUGAGAUUCCCGAGUCUUACGGUGGCCCUGGGGCCUCCUUCUUCCAGUCCAACAUCAUUGUUGAGGAGUUAGCUAAGGUAGACCCUUCCAUUGCCGUCUGUAACGACAUCCACAACACCCUGAUUGUCACUCUGUUUCUCAAGUACGGCACGGAGGACCAAAAAAAUAAGUACCUGCCCAUGCUGAUGGCCGAUCAGGUUGGAAGCUUCUGUCUGUCUGAAGCCAACGCCGGUAGUGAUGCGUUUGCCCUGGAGACCAAGGCAGUCCAAGACGGAGAUUUUUAUCUCAUCAGUGGCAGCAAGAUGUGGAUAAGCAGUGCAGCGUUUGCUGGUGUCUUCCUAGUUAUGGCCAAUGCAGACUUCAGUGCUGGUUACAAAGGCAUCACAACGUUCAUUGUGGACAGGGACACUGAGGGACUAACAGUUGGAAAAAAAGAAGAUAAAUUAGGCCUCAGAGCAUCACCAACAUGUGAGGUGCACUUUGACAACGUCCGAGUGCACAAGAGUCAGGUGUUAGGCCAAGUUGGUCACGGGUACAAGUACGCCAUUGGCAUGCUGAAUGAAGGACGCAUAGGCAUUGCUUCCCAGAUGGUUGGGCUAGCUCAAGGUGCUUUGGAUAGCACCAUUCCAUAUCUGAUGGAACGCAAACAAUUCAAACAAGCCUUGUGGGAUUUUCAGGCAGUACAACACCAAGUUGCCCACCUCAGCACACAGGUUGAAGUGGCUAGAGUCAUGACGUACAAUGCAGCUCGCAUGAAGGACGCAGGGCAGUCAGUCAUCAAGGAGGCUUCCAUGGUCAAGUACUUUUCCGCUGAGGUUGCCACGGAGGUGACGUCGCGCUGUGUGGAGCUGAUGGGAGGGGUGGGUUUCACCAAAGAUUACCCCGUGGAGAAAUUCUACAGGGACUGCAAAGCUGGUUGCAUCUACGAGGGUGCUAGCAACAUCCAGCUCAACACCAUCGCCAAGUGUCUCCAGUCUGAACUCGCUAAGGGCAAAUAAAUCCACUUCUCUUGUAGACAAGUCCAGGCGCGUGAUCACCGUACACUCACGAGGCCCCCAUCAAUGGAGAAACCACUGUGAAUGCUAUUGUACAAAGCAGCUGCCCGUGACGGAUUAUCUCACCAAUAGCUUGACAAUACUUUCGCCGUUGAAGGGGGCCUCCGUGAUAGAAUUGCCAGCGUGCCCGGAUUGGUCCUGGGCCAAAUUUCAAUAAUUUUGAAAUUACUGCUAAGCAAAUUUCUAUGCUAAGCUUAAGUCAGACAGGAACCAGCCACGAGCAGUAUGCAUUGCAUGACUUUUUAGCUGGUAACCAGUUUUUUCCAAGCAAGUAUAUUCUAUGCUUAGGCCGUGUCCAAAUUACUUGGCUACGGCUAGAAAUUACACACAUGCCUAUGGAAGCGGCUACAGCCACUUCCCAUAGACCAUGUGUUAUUUCCAGCAAGGUACUUCAGAUGCCUCAGCAGCUCCAUUCGCUCAAAAUGUACACGUUUCAUCAUGCCGGUAAGCUACGCUACAACACUUUGCAUUUCCUUCACAAUAUUUUUGCAAGAGAUACACCACUACCAGGAUAGGGCGUGGGUACCCGCAAACUAAACAAAGAGUACUUUCUUCCUUUUCUGUUAUAAAAUCUCAAGAAUGAAUCGUGCGUUUUAAAUUUACAGUUUAAAUUUACAGAGUCAGAUUUGCUGUAUGUUUUGUAUUAAUGGGCAGUUUGGGAAGGAUCUUUACAAUGGACCGACCCCACCAUGGUCACCUGACCAAAGGACGUGAUGUGAUUGGUGAAUGGCAUGCAGGAAGGGUCCAUUAUAGACUGUUUGUUGAUAAUAUAAAUGCUAAUAUAAAUACUUGUAAAAGUUUGUACAAAUCCACAGAUAUAUCUUUGUAAAGUAGGGGUGUUUGAUAUUAUUUAGUAGAAUAUAAUGGGUUUUCAAAAGAUUGUUCAGUAUCGCUAAAAUUUACUUCAAUAUUGCGCAGCUGACGGGGAUGUUUGUUACAUCUGACUGUUUGGUAUAGUAGAGGCCGUUAUAGUGGCAUACUACUGGUUUUUUUCCCCUUAUUAUUUUAACCAAAUGUUUCAUACAGAGACUGGUGGUUGUUAUAGUGGCACUCCACUGGGCUUCUUUUGGGAGGGUAAACAAAAAAGUGGGGUUUUUGGGGUUGAUGUCUUUUGUUAAGAAUAUGUAUUCCCCAGUUUACAAUUAAAUGCAUAUUGAUAUUAUCUACCACUGACAAAUGUUCUGGUUUUUAUCAUUAAGCCCCCAAAUCCCAGGUUUUUUUAAAAAAAAUUCUGGGGGGGGGGGGGAGUUGGAUAAUAUUUCAGGGAAGCUUUGCUGGAUUAUUGAUUUCCAGUGUAAAAUUCCUCAACCGUGGUUUUUCUGAUGAAUUUUCAAUCUUGUGUUGCACCUCGAAAGCUGGCCCCCAAAAGAUCAAAGUCUUUUAUUUUGGUUCAGGAUGAUAAUCAAAGACAAAUUAAAUUUCAAGAAAUAAAAUCAGACGGAGAGCCAAAGUAAGUUGACACAGUGAAUGUUUACUGUUACCAUCUAUUUAACUACCAUAUGUUUAAUAGUAAGAAUAUUAAUAAUAAGCCUAGUGUUACUGUGUAAAUGCCUGCAUUUUUUUUUCCUUUUAAAUUUCAUCUCCUUGUACAUGUCAAAAUAAACCAGAAUAAAAUUUAGAGCAGACGUAAUUUAUACAGUUCACUUGACACCCACAUUACGAAAAAAAAUUGCAUUUCUUGUGAGUGUUUAUUUCUCCUCUGGACAGACACAUACAAAUGUUCUACUUACAAUGAUUUUUCCUUAGAUUUUUUUUACAUUAAAGAAGUCUUUAAAGGCAAGACAGUGCCAUUUGCCUUACCGU